GAGAGCCUAAGAGACUUCAGAGAAGGGAUGCAACAGAGCAAUCCGGUUCCCUUUGGAAAGGAGCUCUGUCCUGGGGCUGCCGUACAGGAGAAGGGAUUGUAUUGAGUUUACACAAACAUGGCUGCUGCCUUCAGAGCUGCGGGUCGAGUCUUGCACCCACUUGCAAAAAGGAACAGCUGGAAUCAAACCAGGGUCCAGUUGCAUUGGAGAUGGCAGUCAACAGCAGCUGUACAAAAAGCAAGGCCAGAGAUUCAGCCUGAAAAGAGGAAACCUAAAACAGGGAUCUUAAUGUUAAAUAUGGGGGGUCCAGAGACCCUGGAGGAUGUCCAUGAGUUCCUGCUUAGACUUUUUCUUGAUAGAGAUCUAAUGACACUUCCAGUGCAAAAUAAAUUAGGACCUUUUAUUGCAAAGCGGCGCACUCCGAAAAUCCAAGAACAGUACAGGCGGAUUGGGGGCGGAUCACCGAUCAAGAAAUGGACUGAGACCCAGGGGGAAGGCAUGGUGAAGUUGCUGAAUGAAAUGUCUCCCCAAUCCGCCCCACAUAAGUACUACAUCGGUUUCCGCUACAUCCACCCUCUGACGGAAGAAGCAAUUGAAGAGAUGGAAAAAGAUGGUGUUGAAAGAGCCAUUGCUUUCACCCAGUAUCCACAGUAUAGCUGCUCCACCACAGGAAGCAGCUUGAAUGCCAUUUAUCGCUACUAUUACCAAAAAGGGGAGAAGCCAAAGAUGAAGUGGAGUACAAUUGACCGAUGGCCAACACAUCCCCUCCUGAUUCAGUGUUUUACAGACCACAUAAAGAAGGAGCUAGACUUAUUUCCACCGGAUAAGAGAAAAGACGCUGUGAUCCUUUUCUCCGCUCACUCUCUACCAAUGUCAGUAGUUAAUCGUGGUGACCCAUAUCCACAAGAAGUGGGGGCUACUGUCCAGAAGGUGAUGGAGAAACUCCGCUAUUGCAAUCCAUAUAGGCUUGUGUGGCAGUCCAAGGUGGGCCCGAUGGCCUGGCUGGGUCCUCAGACAGAUGAGACUAUUAAAGGACUUUGCCAAAGGGGGAAGAAGAACAUUUUGUUAGUUCCAAUUGCAUUUACCAGUGACCAUGUUGAAACACUCUAUGAGCUUGAUAUUGAAUAUGCACAGGUCUUAGCCAAUGAGUGUGGAGUUGAAAACAUCAGAAGAGCAGAAUCCUUGAAUGGAAAUCCAUUGUUUGCCAAGGCCCUGGCAGAUUUGGUUUGCUCCCACCUCCAGUCGAACGAAAUAUGCUCCAAGCAGUUAACACUCAGUUGCCCGCUUUGUGUGAAUCCCACCUGCCGAAAGACCAAAUCUUUCUUCACUGGUCAGACGCUGUGAAAAUGUACACUGGCAAAUGGCAUUGGGUCAUUGGCUGGAGUAGACAAUACAGAUUCUGUGAAAUGUGCCCAUUUAUUCUGCCUUCAUUUGCUCCUCUCAGGUCUGCGUCUUGCUCCCCUGAGUGAAGUGAAUCCCAAGUGGGGUUUGCACAGGGGUGACAGAGAUACAGUUGAGACCUUUUUCCGCUGAUUUUGUUUUCUCUUGAGGAAUGUUGCAUUGGGGGGACACCACAUUUUAAGGGCUCCAUCCUCUGAGUUGCUGAAAACCCUCAUUAAAUUAAAUUAAACAGGGAUGCAUGAGGUUCUUAGCACUUGUUGAGAGACUGGCCUCUGACAGAUGAGCAGACUCUUGAUUCCUUAGAACAGGUCCUCUAACUUUGCUCAGCGAAAGUGAUGCUGAAAAAAAGCUAUUCAGUUUGCAGGAAUUGGUCCUCCUUCAAAAUGGUGAAGCUUGAUUCUAAAAGGACUGCUUCCAAGGUUUUGAUCCAAGGAUGCAAUUUGAGUGUCUUUGCAGAAAGUUUUUCACAUGACCUUGUCAUAAAAAUAUUCAAGUUAAACCUUCCUGGUAAAAUUCUACCGUUUUGAUGGGUGGUUUUUUAAACAAACAACACAGACCUGGCAUUGGAGCUUUAUAACUAAUAACAGUCUGAUGUUGAAACUGCUUUAGUUUUCCAGUGAUUUCAACUGAGAUCUAAUAUACAGAUACAUAAUUUAAAAAAAAGAGCAGUAGGUAUAUAUUUUUUAAUUUGGUAUUUCUUUUGGUACGCAUUCUCCAUCGCCUAUUUCCACCAUGCAGAACUUGUUCCUUUUCUCAAAAGCACAAUCUCAGCUGUGUUUGCAUAGUUGUCUUUCCUAAGGCAUUACUAUAUUAGUCUUUUGUUACAAAAACAGCAGAAAGUCUUGCAUUAGCUCAGCGCAUCUCAGCCUUAGCAACUCUAAGAUGGCUGGACUUCAACUCCCAAGCUGGCUGGGGAAUUCUGGGAAUUGAAGUCCGCCCACCUUAGAGUGGCUAAGGUUGAGAAAUGCUGCAUUAGCUUAAAGACUAACAAACUCCAUUUGUAUAGUAUGUCUAACUGCCAGUGGUUGUGGCAGUACACAAUCACACUACUUAGUGUCACUUAAAACUUUGUGAAUCCUUUUGAAUACUCAAUAUUUCUGCAUAAAUAUGACCUAAAACGUGAUCUGUUCUCCACACAAGUCCUGAACCUAGAUAGAGAGAACCCAAUUAAACAAUUGAGUCAAAAACGUUA